CCUGGGCUGACGAUGCUCCAAUGCCCAACCGACAACAUUACGGCGAUCGACCAGUCUAAUUUCUGGGACCCAGAGCAUGGCAUAAACUGGGACGCCCAUAGGAUCGGCUGGUCCAUCUCUGGGGGUUGUGCACUAAUCACCCUUCUUAUAACCUGCUAUACUGUCUGGCAACAUUGUCGCAACUACACAGUCCCUCGAGAGCAACGCCAAAUAAUUCGAAUAUUGUACAUGCCGCCGGUCUACGCCAUCAUCAGCUUCUUCUCCUACCGUUUCUUCCGCGACUACACAUAUUACUCUCUCAUCGAAGUCGCGUAUGAAGCAAUAACGAUCACCGCAUUCCUGCUCCUGAUAAUCGAAUACGUGGCCGGAACAUCCACAGACCACACGACUAAGGGAGCUAUGGCAAGGAAAGACAAGCGUCCUUUACCAAUGCCCUUCUGCUGUUGGAGAUACCGUCCGACCAAAGCCUAUUUCAUGUAUACCGUCAAGUGGUCUGUUCUGCAAUAUGUUAUCGUCCGACCUCUCGCUUCGAUCGCAGGCAUUGUCGCAGAGUAUUUGGGUGUUCUUUGUGAAGCUCGUGGGUAUGACCCUCGCUUCGCCAGCGUCUACCUUUCCAUCGUAGACUUUAUCAGCAUCACGAUCGCCCUUUACGGAUUACUUCUCUUCUAUGGUCUUACCAAAGAAGAGCUGUCGGACAAACGCCCCCUGGCUAAAUUCCUCUGCAUCAAGUUAAUCGUGAUGUUCACCUUCUACCAAACGUUUGUCUUCUCCAUGCUGGAGGGAAGGGUCAUUCAUGAAACCAUCUAUUGGUCCGAAACUAACAUCGCUAAUGGUUUAAAUGCGCUGGCCAUUUGCAUCGAGAUGGUGUUCUUUGCGAUUGGAAUGGGAUGGGCAUACCCGGCGACUGAAUACAGAACCUCUCGACCGACAAGUAUAUGGAAGCCACUAUGGGACUCAAUCAACUACUCCGACUUUAUCAAGGAAAUCUGGGGCUCGCUGCGCUACUACGUGACCGCUGCAAAGGAGCGGCGGCACCAGCGUGAUCCCAUCGAGAAAGAAGAGAAGCCCACAUUCGCAACCGCGUUCGGGAUUAGCCCGCCAGUCGGAGAGAGCGGAAGCCAGCUCGUGCCCAGCAGCGAAAGCGCAUACGACUUGCAGGAGAUGAACCACCACGACAGGCCGUAUGAUGGGCGACCGGCGUAUGGUUUUGGUGCACCACAACACUCGUAUGGGUCGGAUAGCCCGCAGACGGCGGGGUUUACGUUCAGUCCUGGCCCGGGGCCAAAUGCAACGUCGAUGCGGCAUAAUCUACCUUGA